GUGGGGUCGAGGGCCCUCGCCUACUACGACCCGCGCGAUGACUACUGGCACGAGAGGAUCAUGCUGGCGCACAUUCAGGACUUCCGCUUCGUGGUGCUCACCGCGGACUGGGACAUCUAUGAUGAAGACAUGUCCCAGGCGCUUCGCCUGCUGCCUCUGGGUCCACGGGGCGGCCUUCCCGUGCCGAGGCCACAGGGGCACAUCCUGCGGGUGGACAACGCCCGCCUCAGCAUUGAGCUGCAGCAGCUGUGCGACGAGGCGGCGCAGCUGGCCUUGGACAUCCGCGAGGAGGAGGGCUUGCCGGCCCCAGCGGCGCCCCAUGGGGUGCUUGCCGACGGCGAGGCGGGGGCGCUUGCCGAGGCGCCGGCUCCUGCGGCGCUGGCGGCUGCCGCGAGGCCCGCUGGGCCAGCGGUGGGUGGCGCGGCCGCUGCCGGCGCCCUGGCGGCGGCGCCGGCCGCGCCGCACAGGGCACCCGCGGCCGGGGCUCUCCUCGCCCCAGCCCCGCCGCGGCCCGCAGCGCCGCCAGCAGACGCGGUCUGGCUCGCGGCGGAGACGCGUGGGGGCUUCACGGCCGGGGCCCCUAUCCCGCCGGAGCUCCUCGGCGCGGAUGGCCAGCCGCAGGUCGUUCUGGGCGACCGCGGGGUCGUGGUGCUGGCGUCAGGCGUCUCACUGGCGGUCGCAGUGGCGGACACCCUGGAGGCAGGGACGGCAGCUCUCUCCAGCAGUGGGGGAGACCUUCGCACGCUGCCGGUGCUCUACUCACCAGCUGGUGGCCGCUCCAGGUCCUUCCACGACGCCGUGGCCAAGAUGUCCACCACGCCCUUCCCAGACUGGCGCAUCAGGGGGCCGAGGACCGCUGCCUGGCUGCUUGAGAAGAUCUCGGAGGCGGGCUACACGCCGCUGCAGAGGCAUGUCUGGUGGCGGUCGAUCCAGGGGCUCACAGCUUCCGACUCGGGCGUGGACGACCACCACUUCAUCUCCGAGGUGCUGCAGGAGCUCACCACCUACGACCAGCUCAACGCUGGCGAGCUGGUGGUGGUGGAGAUCCUCUGCCGCCGCUACCAGCUCUGGGAGGAGCUUUACGCCUCGAGUCUGCGCGAAGCCGAGGCUGGCCAGGACGCUGCACCCUGGCUCGAUGAGCGAUCCAUCUUCCUCGGGCAGGACAGGAGCCGUGGCUCAGCGCUUGUCUGCCCCGCCUUGGAGAGCUGGGUGGCGGAGAAGCUCCGAGAGGAAAGUGCCAUCCUCAAGGAGCGCAGGCUAAGGCACGCGGCCGCGGGCGCGGCCGUGGCGCCUGAGGCGCCCCCUCGCGCCGGGGAUGCCCCCGGCCUCGGCGCGAGUUUGCAGGGGAGGCGAGGCGUGCUGAACGAUGCCACCUCGCUGGGUUUUGGCGAUGACAGUCUCGCGCAAAGGGGCGUGCUGCCCAUCCCGCUCAGCUUCGAGGCGCUCCAGUGCUUGAAGGGGUUCUCGGCCCUCGACGGCGAGCUUUCGCUGGGGCAGCGGCGCAAGGCCGCGCGCUGCAGGCGCCAGGAGCGCUGGGUGCUGGAAGGCGUCUCGGCGCUCAACGAGCUGGGCGGGGGUGGUCGGUUGAGGAUUGCGCCAGCCAGGAGGCGUUUCAGGCGCUUCUGGGGCUUCGACCUGGCUAUGCUGAUGAGCCAGCCAUCGGGGCGAGAGCCGUCAGCGCUGGAGUCCGGGCACGGGUUAUUGCGCUCGGAGCAGGAGGCUUCUGCUGCUCUGGAGGAGGCUGACGUCACGUGUUACGUCGACGGCAAGCUGGCCCAACGGGGCUUUGACUACGGACGGUUUCUGCUCGAGCUGUACGACGCAGGGAUCGUUGAAGUUUUGGACUAUGAGUUAGAUCGGAAGGAGGAGACUGGCGUCUUUUUUGUGCCUCGCAACGAUGACAAGCUGAGGCUUAUCUUUGACACCAGGAGGGCGAACUGUCACUUCAGGACGCCCGAUUACACGCACUUGGCCUCCGGCGACGCCCUCAGCAGCUUGGAGUGCACGCCCGGCGAGGAGGUGCACUUGGCGGCUGGGGAUGUGGAGGUGUGCUUCUACCAGUACGUGCUGCCCACAUGGGCCAGGAACUACUUCUGCCUGCCGAGCUUGGCGACUCGCAUGCUGCCUGCCCGCCUGCGUGAGGCUCUGGGGCCUGAGCUUGCGGCGCGACCCAAGAUAGCCUUCCGUGUGCGAGUUGUUCCCAUGGGAUGGAACUGGGCCGUCCACUUUGUGCAGUCUGCCCACCUGAACGUGUUGGCUUCGAUCUCUCCGAACAACCAGUGGCUGGUGGACAAGCAGCCUGGGACGUGCCUCUCGGACAGCUCUGCUGCAGCCAAGGUCUUGUACAUAGACAAUUUUGCGGCCAUUAGCACCAGUCGCGAGACAGCGUUGCAGGUUGUCAAUGACAUGCUGGGCUCGUUCACCAGUGAGGGCGUCAGGGCGUCGCUUGACUUGGACGUCGUCCUCCUCGGCUUCACGCUGGAUUCCAAGGCCGCCAGGUGGCGCCCCGCACCCAAGAAGUUUUGGAGGGUGCAUGGCUGCAUCUCACACUUGCUGGAGCCAGGAAGGCGUAUCACUGGGCGCCAGUUGGAGAGGCUUGUGGGCCACGUGGUCGCGCUGCUGCUGCUGCGGCGUGAGGCUCUCAGCCUCCUCAGCGCCGUCUACGUCUUCAUCCGGUCGACCUACGACAGGGCGCAGCCGCUGUGGCCCAGUUGCCGACGUGAACUCAGGUGGGUGCUUGCGUUGUUGCCCACGGUGUUCGCCGACAUGAAGAGGCCUUGGCACGCUGAGGUAGGUGCCUUUGACGCGUCGCCUUGGGGCGCGGGAGUCUGUGCUGCGCGCUGGCCUUUGAGCGCGGUGCAGGCCGCAGGCAGGCAGCCGGAGAGGCUGCGUUUCCGCGGGCCCCUCGCCUCAUUGGUGGCUCCGCGGGGCGCUGCCCUGGCCGCUGACAGCAUCGAGCUCUCUGACCCCGCCGCGCUCCUGCUCGGCCGCGCGGCGGGUUUCGCCGAGGUGAGCGCAGAGCUGCUGCGCGAGGCGACCUGGAUCACGGCUGUUGCAUGCAGAUGGAGGCGUCGAAGUACUAUCCACAGGCUGGAGAGCUCAGCAGGGCUUCUCUGGCUGCGGCGCGCCUCUCGCAAUUCGAGAUGCCACGGGCAUCGCUUGCUGGGCCUGGGCGACAACAUGUCGAUGAUUUGCGCCCAUGAAAAGGGCCGUGCAUCCGACUUUGGUCUCUUGUCCGGCUGCCGUUGUUCCUGCGCCAUAUCGGUCGCCUGCAAUCUCAAGGAGCGGGGCUUUCUGGCAGCCAACCAGGUGCGGCCGUCCACUCAGGUGCUCUACCUGAAGGUGUUGCGGCUGCUGGCAGGCUGGCUCAUGGUGGACGCUCUGCCCGACUGGCCUGUGGCGGCCUGGGACGCAGCGCUGGCCGACUUCCUGCUGUGGGCCUUCGACCAGGGAGUGGCGCGGGCGACGGCUGCAAGGCUUGGCGCCGCGGUGCUGUGGGGGCUCCCGCAGCUCCACGUGGCGCCCUUGCAGAGGUGCUUCCCGCAGCUCGCGCACUCGCUGGCGGGCUGGAAGCGCCUGCAUCCACCAGGCUCUCGUCCGCCUCUUCCAGAGCUUGUGGUUCGCGCAGCGGCAGCUUGGCUUGGGCACCAGGGCGAGUUUGCGACCGCCUUGUGCGUCAUGCUGAUGUUCGAGGGCUACCUGAGACCCUCGGAGGCGCUGGCGCUGCGGGCCGCCCAGCUCACCGGCCCGUUCGGCUCGGCCACCAGCGCGGGCUCACACAUGUCGGUGGUGGUGCAUGCUGCAGAGUUGCAGCAACCGGGCAAGACAGGCGAGAUGGACCAUACCGUCGUGCUCGACCUCCCGCGCCAGCAGGCCCUGGCUUGGGCCUUGGCGCGCCUGCGCGACUCCCGCCUGGGCUCCUGGCACCCGCUGUGGGACUUCGACUACAACCUCCUCCAGCGGCGGUUUGGCCAGGCGCUCGCGGCUGUGGGAGCCAGCUGUUUAGCAGGCACGCUCUACAGCCUCAGGCACGGCGGCGCAAGCCACGACCGCCUGACGGCCAGCCGCACGCUAAUGGAGGUGCAGCAACGAGGAAACUGGCGCGCCUUCAACAGCGUGCGGCGCUACGACAAGCACGGGCGAGUGGCGAUCGAGUGGAUGAAGAUUCCCGCCCCCCAGCGCCAGGAGAUCGAACAAUUGGCUGCUGGACUCGACGCCGCCUGCAAGCUGUACUCGCUUCAGCGGUGA